AUGCACCCAGAUACAAGUGAGGGCCGGAAAGGAACAGACGAGGAGGAACUGCGCCGCAUCCUGGUAUCCUACUCCUACCAGCAGCUGAGGGAUGUCUUCUCUGAGUACCACAAGCUAGCUGGGAAGACGCUGGGGGAGGCUCUCGACGAUGAACUCUCCGGAGAUCUGAGAGACGCCAUGAAAGCUGCUUACAUGUGCAUACAGAACCAAGCGGUCUUCUUCGCACAGGAACUCCACGCGGCCAUGGCAGGCUUCAGGACGAGGAACAGAGCCUUAAUCCGGCUCGUGGUGACCCGGUGCGAGGUGGACAUGCAGGAGAUUAAGCUGCAGUACCAGAGUCUGUAUCAGAGGCCGCUGGAGAAGGACAUUAAGGGUGACACUUCCGGUGACUACAGGAAGAUCCUUAUGGCGCUUGUUGUAAACUAAACUGCUCAUUACCAGCAGGUGCGUCUUUGAGGAAUCAACGCACCACCGAUCUGUAGCAUAUUUCGUUGACUU